UGGUUUUGCUCUUGUAUGCAAGUGGACUGGAGCUGGAAUUACACAAACAAAAGAAAAACAAAUAAUAUUAGUUACCUUGUAAUUAGAUGACAAUGUCAUUUGUUAUUGAAGAAAUAAAAGUGGCGAAUCGAGGGAAAAAACUGGAACCUGUGCGAAUUGAAUUUUCACACUGCCAGAGUCCUUUGAAAACUGAUGCUCUUGCUGCUGUAAAACCAGGAAUUUACUCAGACAGUUUAGACAAGGAGGAAUAUGUUACUAUUUGCCAAGUUGAACAGCAAUGUUACAUGGGCAGUACUAAAGUGCAAAAUCAAAGAGAAAGCCAAAGUUUGUAUAUUGCUCUACGGAACAAAGUAACAAAUAAGGUUAAGCUAGUUGAGGUAGCAAAAGUGAUGUUAUCGCCUGUCGUUCAAUAUCCCCCUUCAACAAAUCCCAUGUUGAUGGAAAAAGAGGAAGGAAAUGAUGGGAAGUAUAAGGCAGAGAUGGCAAAAGCAUUUGUUCAUCGCUUUGGAAUGCUUAAAGGUCAAAGGAUGUAUGACCAAGCUGAGAGGCUAACUGUGAAAGCUGAAACAGUCAGAGCUAAUCUUGAAAAUGCUGCCUUUAACACAGCCUUUCGAGAUAGUGACUUAGUUCUCCCAAAAAGUUCUGACUCUUAUGAAAUUAUGCUGCCCCCAAGGAAUGCCAAUGCAACUACAGCUUUGGAAGUCUAUCAGCUUGAAAACAUUAUUGCUUCGUCUGAUAUGGUAGCUUUGGAAGAAUUGGCAAAAUUACUGUUGAUUAGCGAGACGGAUUCCCUUUUGACUACCGAUAACUUAACCCAGUUUUCCGUUUAUAUUACUGAUGAGUUAGUCCGCGUGAAACGCAGUAACCAAGACGAAGAAGCAAAAUUACGGUUGGUGAAGGCUCUUAUUUAUAUGGAGGGCCUUAUCAAGUUUUCAGCAAUUAAAAGGAAAACGCUCUCUCGCGGUGUUGUAGAUGAAAGUCUACCAGCUAGUAUACCAGACAGUGUGAAAAGAAGUAUAAAAGAACAAUUUUCAUCCAGAGCAGAGUCACACUGGACCCUAACAAAAAUGGAUCGAGAUAGGACGAUUUGUCAUAUAAUAGCGCUUGCCCUUGCUAUCGGUAACUGUAGCAUUGUCGCCGAAUCUUUCAUUUCUAGCUUGAAACUCGACAUGGAUUCCGUUCAGUCUUUGAUUCGUGUAGUUGGCGCGCGUCUAGUGAAAGACAAAUUAAUGUCAGUUACCAAGAUAGUCCUCGCCUUUCCCCUGGCAUUGCCUCCGAUCAAGAGGGGCAGGGCGAAAUCAAAGAAAGAGUCGUAUUAGAAUUCAUAUGUUAACGCAGUCUAAUACAUUUCCGUGAAAUUCA